AUGGGGAGCGUGGACGGUGGGGUCGAGGGGAUCCACGAAGCUAAUCGGCGUGCACAGCUGAUCGAAUGGAUGAAUGCCUUACUCCCGGAAUUCAGUUUGCCUCCGGAUUCAACAGAUGAAGAGCUACGAGAGCUGCUCAGUGACGGCGUGGUCCUGUGCCGUGUUGUGAACACACUCAUCCCGGGGGUUCUUGAGGGAUCCUGGGAGGGUUAUGCACCGUCAGAUCAGAGGUUAAGCAAUGUGAAGAAAUUCCUCUCAGUGGUUGCUGAUAUGGGGCUGCCAGGUUUCAGUGUGAAAGAUCUUGAUGAGGGAUUAAUGUCUUCUGUAGUGGAAUGUCUCUUGGUUUUGAGGGACAGUGUGGAUCCUAAAUUAGGUGGUAAUAUUCCACCAGAUGUAACCAGAACUCCUUCGAGAAAACAAUGGGGAGUUCCGGAAAUGGACAAGCCUCAAGUUCCUGGUGCAGCACUAGGGAAAAGAUCCCCUGCAGAGGACAAGAGAAACGGCGUUGCAGAUCCCAAAGCCCAUCAGAAAACUCCUGUCUUUUCUGGACAAAAGUUUCGUGAAGUUUUUCAAUUAAAACGCGGAUCAUACUCUGAUCUUCCUGCUGCCAAGAUUUCAGAGAUGAUGCACUCUAAUAGCUUAGAUCGUGUAGUUUACUUACUGAGGAAAGUCGUUCAAGAGAUUGAGCGUCGUCUCUGUAUUCAAGCAGAGCACAUAAGAAGUCAAAAUGUUAUCAUCAAGACAAGAGAACAGAAGUACUGUUCAAAAAUUAAAGCACUUGAAAUAUUGGUAAAUGGCACAAAUGAAGAAAACCAGAUGGCAAUAAACAGGCUUCAGAUAGUCAAGAAUGAGAAGUCAAAAAUCGAAGAGAGAAGAAAACUCAGUGAGCAAGAUGUUCAUCAAUUGAUGAAAGAGAAAGAACAUUCUGAAAACAUUAUAGCGAGCCUAAAGAAAGAUAUGGAAGCCAUGAAUAGAUUGCAUGAGCAGCAACUUGAGCAAAUUGAAAGAAAGGCAAAGGAAAUGGAGGAGCAACUAACCACCAGAAUAAAAGAAGUAGAGUGUCUCUUGCUACAAUCGAAUAAGAAAGUUGAAGAAGUUGAGACUGCUUCCAGGCUAAAAUCACAGUUAUGGGAUAAGAAAGAGAACAAUUUUCAAAGUUACAUGGAUAAUCAACAAUUAAUUAUCAAGGACAUAAGAAUAUUGUCACGAUCAUAUGAAAAUGAUAUGUAUGCACUUCAAAUGCAGUGGAGAAAUGAGAUCUCUAACUUGGGAUCUGGGUUAAAAUGUUUGGUUGAUGCUGCUGAAAAUUACCAUAAAGUCUUGGCAGAGAACCAAAAGUUAUUUAAUGAAGUGCAAGAACUAAAAGGUAAUAUAAGAGUAUAUUGCCGUGUCAGGCCUUUUCUUUCUGGUCAAGAUAAAAAGUCUACCACAAUUGACUAUAUGGGGGAAAAUGGUGAGCUACUUAUAUCAAAUCCAUUUAAGCAAGGGAAGGAUGGACACAGGAUGUUCAAGUUUAAUAAAGUGUUUAGUCCAUUUGCUUCUCAAGCUGAGGUUUUUUCUGACAUACAACCACUAAUCAGAUCAGUCCUCGAUGGAUUCAACGUUUGCAUUUUUGCAUAUGGCCAGACCGGUUCUGGAAAAACAUACACUAUGAGUGGGCCUAGCACAUCGAAGCAGGAUUGGGGUGUCAAUUAUCGAGCUUUGAAUGAUUUGUUUGAUAUUUCACAAAAUGCAAGCUUGCACUCAGUUAAGUCGACAUCUGAUGUAUUAGACUUGAUGGAAAUUGGGCAAGCAAAUAGAGCGGUUGGUUCAACAGCGCUAAAUGAGCGAAGUAGUCGGUCACACAGUAUUCUAACUGUACAUGUUCGAGGGUUGGAUUUGAAGAAUGGAUCCACCUCUAGGGGUUGUUUACAUCUUAUUGAUCUUGCUGGUAGUGAGAGGGUGGAGAAGUCUGAAGUAACCGGGGAUAGAUUAAAAGAAGCACAAUACAUUAACAAAUCACUCUCUGCAUUAGGCGAUGUGAUUUUUGCUUUGUCACAGAAAAGUGCCCAUGUGCCUUAUAGAAACAGCAAGCUAACACAAGUUCUUCAAAGUUCUUUAGGCGGACAAGCAAAAACUCUAAUGUUUGUUCAAAUAAAUCCUGAUGUUGAGUCAUAUUCAGAAACUAUAAGCACUUUAAAGUUUGCUGAAAGGGUGUCUGGAGUAGAGUUAGGUGCUGCGAGAAGUAACAAGGAGGGAAAGGAUAUAAAAGAGUUAUUGGAACAGGUUGCGUCUUUGAAAGACACAAUUUCACGCAAAGAUACGGAAAUAGAGCAGCUCCAAGUCAUCAAAGACAAAGUAAAAUCCCCAAAUUUAUUGUUAGAUAGAAAUGGGCCUGGCUUGACGAAGAUUACGGUAGACCAACCUAGCCAACUAUUAUCAGGCGAACGGAUGCUCAAGUCUAGUGACAGAGUUCUAUCAGAUCCUCAGAGUUAUGGUGAGGUGAAUGGAGAUUCUAACCAUAAUUUGACGGAUACUGCACCAGUGAGCUUAGAUGAAGCAGAAUAUGAGGACAAUGCAUCCGAUGAUGGUUUAUCAGGUGAAACCGAGAAUUACAAUUCAGCUGCUGAGAUGACAGUGGAACGGCUGCAUAGAUUUCCAUCAAGAAUAAGCAGAUUCACUCUCACAAAAAACGGGCAACCAUCUAUGUCUAGAUCAAAAUCAAAGGAUGCUAAGACUCCAAGUAAUACAAAAGCUCCAUCUAGCCAGUUCACAGGAGGUUCUUCAGUCAGGGGGUCUAAAAGAUGGCAGUAG